AUGAGAGAGCAAAAGGUGGCUGAAGUCAGAUCGUCUAUGAAAGCCUGCACGGGCAGUUUGGAUGCUGAAUGGCUGGAGAUUAACAAUGUGUUCUUAGAGGUGAUGAGAGCUGUGGAGGAUACUAGGCAGAAAGCCCUUCAACCGCUGGAGGAGAGGAGGAUGAGAGUAAAGAAAGAAGCUCAAGAUUUGGUCAAGAAUCUGCAAAGAGAAAUUGAUGAGCUCAAAAAGACGAUCGAUGAGUUGGGUAAAAACCCAGACUUGCAGGUUUCUGCUCUAACUUGUCUGGAUGAGUAUAUAGAUUGGAAAAAUUUAACUGUGGACACUUCAUACUCCUUUGGUACCCUGAGAACUACAACUUCGGCCAUGAUGGAACAAAUUCACCAGAAACUAGAGAACCUCUCCUCUGUUGAACUAAAGAGGAUCCCUACAUUUGCAGUGGAUGUGAAGCUGGACCCCACUUCUGCACACCGAUGCCUUCUCCUUUCUUCAGACGGGAAGAAAGUGCGAGAUGGAGGAAAGACCCAGCCAGCCCCUGAUGCUCCAAAUAGGUUUGAUCAGUUUGGCAGCAUCUUGGGCCUCAACAGGCUGACGUCUGGGAAGUCAUACUGGGAGGUGGAGGUCAACAACAAGACAGGGUGGGACCUGGGUGUAGCAAGAGGCAAAGCAAACCGCAAGGGGGAACUCUCGCUGAUCCCAGAUAAGGGUUACUGGGUAAUUGUACACUACGAAGGCAAAAACUAUGCAGCUCUGACAGCACCAGCAGUUCCUCUUACCCUGAAACAUAAACCUCAUAGGGUGGGGGUGUUUGUGGAUUACGAGGAACGCCUUGUGUCCUUUUACAACGUGACGGCUCAAUCUCACAUCUACUCGUUUACUAAGUGUUCGUUCAGGGAUGAGCUCUUCCCAUAUUUCAGUCCACAUCUCAUGCACAAUGAUAAAAACGGGGAUCCGCUGAUUAUCUCUGCUGUGCAAAAGCAGUAGUAAUGAUAUGAGGGGAAUGUGUUUCUGGUGUGCUGUAAGUUAAAAUGCACAUCUGGAUAUAAAAUAUGUGAGUUUGGAUGUACAGAAACAGUUUACUGAUGGGUUUAAAUGUUUUUUUUCAAACUGGUCAUCUACA